AUGCUUAAAUGUACACCGUAUCUUGCAAUUUCGGGCCCAGACAAGGUCAUACAGCAGCGGAUGGACUACGUCGAGGGCUUACCUGUUCCAGAUGACGAGCUGCUUCGCACUGUCGUCGAGAGCUUCCGAUCUGCCCUCAGCAUCUACGAGCCCUUUUACCGAAUCAUGCACCAAAACCCCGAGAUGUCCAGCAUGAAGUUGCAGACGACAUCCUUGGUUGCGGGCCACCUGAACAGUUUCGGUUUCGAGAUAUAUGGAGGCCUGGGGGCCACGGCGUUGUAG